AAAAAAAAAAAUUGGAAGAGAAAGAGCUGGUCAGCACACUCAUCCGAUGUUUCUCAGCGCCAGCAGCCCUAUAAUAACACCACCAACAGCAGCCCUUUUUUUUUUCUUUUUCUUUUUUUAAAUAUAAUAUUCAAACUCAUAAAUAAAUGAAGACCAAUUCAUAAUCUACUCUACAAAUUUCCUUUCCUUCUUUUCUUUUAUCCAUUUCUUUAUUUCCACUUCUUUCAGAUCCAUUAUCUCUCUCACACCUUUUUCUCUUUCCUUUUGUAGCGCAUACAAAGUGUACUUGAUGACAUUACUGGGUGAAGAAAAGGCCCUGAAGAAAUCUUAGGGAAUUUUGACUGUUUCAUGGGCAACACAUGCCGUGGAUCUUUCAAAGGGAAACUUUAUCAGGGCAUCAAUCAGCCCGAGGAACAAUCUGCUGCUUCCCAUUCCAAGCGCAAUCCGUCCUCUGAACACUCUAGUUCUGAGCAUUUACCCUCUAGUUUCGCUCCUGGACAAGAAUUCCCCAAGGAAAACCCCAAAAAGGAUAGUAAUUUACCUCUCAUUAGCCCCAAUAAGAAAGAUUUAAUAAUGAGGCGCAGUGCUGAUAACCAGUCUUAUUAUGUUUUGGGUCAUAAAACUGCAAACAUUCGUGAUCUUUACACUUUAGGCCGUAAAUUAGGACAAGGACAAUUUGGGACUACUUAUUUAUGCACUGAGAAUUCUACAGGGAUUGAGUAUGCUUGUAAGUCUAUAUCCAAGAGGAAAUUAAUUUCCAAAGAAGAUGUUGAGGAUGUUCGAAGGGAGAUUCAAAUAAUGCACCAUUUGGCAGGUCAUAAGAAUAUUGUUACCAUUAAGGGUGCUUAUGAAGAUCCAUUAUAUGUUCAUAUUGUUAUGGAGCUUUGCUCUGGGGGAGAGUUGUUUGAUAGAAUCAUCCAGAGAGGUCAUUAUAGUGAGAGGAAAGCAGCUGAGUUGACGAAAAUUAUUGUGGGGGUCGUUGAGGCAUGUCAUUCACUUGGGGUUAUGCAUAGAGAUCUAAAGCCUGAGAAUUUCUUGUUGGUGAACAAGGAUGAUGACUUCUCUCUCAAAGCCAUUGAUUUUGGACUGUCUGUAUUCUUCAAACCAGGUCAAAUUUUCACUGAUGUGGUUGGGAGCCCAUAUUACGUUGCUCCUGAGGUACUCCUGAAGCAUUAUGGGCCAGAAGCAGAUGUAUGGACAGCUGGAGUCAUAUUGUACAUAUUGCUAAGUGGAGUGCCACCGUUUUGGGCAGAAACACAGCAAGGAAUAUUCGAUGCUGUACUGAAGGGAUAUAUUGACUUUGAGUCAGAUCCUUGGCCCCUAAUAUCAGAUAGUGCCAAAGAUCUCAUCCGGGGGAUGCUUUGCUCUCGACCUUCAGAACGCUUGACUGCACAUGAAGUGUUAUGCCAUCCUUGGAUUUGUGAAAGUGGAGUUGCUCCGGAUAGAGCACUUGACCCGGCUGUACUUUCUCGCCUUAAGCAAUUCUCCGCUAUGAAUAAAUUGAAGAAGAUGGCUUUACGGGUAAUAGCUGAAAGCCUUUCUGAGGAGGAGAUUGCUGGUCUGCGAGAAAUGUUCAAGGCUAUGGAUACUGAUAACAGUGGUGCAAUCACAUUUGAUGAACUAAAAGCUGGUUUGAGAAGAUAUGGCUCUACCUUGAAAGACAUAGAGAUACGCGAUCUUAUGGAUGCGGCUGAUGUGGACAACAGUGGGACUAUUGACUAUGGGGAAUUUAUAGCUGCAACAGUGCAUCUUAACAAAUUAGAACGAGAGGAGCACCUUGUUGCGGCAUUCAGAUACUUUGAUAAGGAUGGAAGUGGUUAUAUCACCAUGGAUGAGCUUCAGCAAGCUUGUGCAGAGCAUAACAUGACUGAUGUUUUGCUUGAAGAUAUAAUCAGAGAAGUUGACCAAGACAAUGAUGGAAGGAUUGAUUAUGGUGAAUUUGUUGCCAUGAUGCAAAAAGGCAAUUUUGGAGUUGGUAGACGAACUAUGCGAAAUAGUCUGAAUAUGAGCAUGAGAGAUGCACCUGGUGCUCAAUAAUUUGAAAUUACACGUCAUGUACAGCAGGCUAUACAGCAAAGGCAGAUGAGGAGGGUGAACUGUGAUGAGCCCUGAACAGUGAUUUUGUUCCCUUCCUAGCUAACGCACAAGAUUUGAUUUUCGAUGUGAAUGUGAUCAAGCAUUUAUUCAGAUAUGCAUAUUUUUAUAUUCUGCUGUAUGACUGAGGAAAUAUCAUUCUAAGCUUUGUAAACUUUUCAAGUGUGAGUUGUUCCAGCUGUUCCUAGUUGCCAUUUUUCUUUUUAAAAUUUUUCCUGUGCUUUUGCUUUGAGGUUUUCUUCCUUUUUGAUUUUUGGAGCCCAAAGGAUCUUUCUAGUUCAUUCUUGGUAAACAUAUAUAGAAAUAAGAUGUGAAAAGCCCUGACUAGGUUUGGGUC